AAUAUUGAAGUCUUUAAGAUGCUGUAUAUCUCUCCGUUUCUCUGCAGAGCAGCAGUGUGCCUGUAGGUCCCCGUAUCAGUGCUGUAAGUGUAAUUAUGUUCGGGCAGGGCCCACCAUCUUUCAUCAGAGGGAGCUACUGAGGCAGCAGCUGUGUGAAAAAUCCUACAGAGAACGUUCGAGCCAUGUCAUUCACUCUCAGUUUGUUUGGGCAUGAUUGGCUGCACCUCUUCUAGGAGCUUGUUGGCAUUCUGUUGUGUAGAUGUUGGAUAGUGAAGGACACUGUGCAGAGAGGGCCUGGAUCAAGAUCGGUACUGCCUUGCAAGCUCUCCUCAGUGCCUGUGAGUGCUUGUGCUUCUAUCUGAGUGCUGGGAGAGGCAGAGAAUUCUUGCCUGGUGUGCGUGCAGCAAGCCCAAGGUUGUAUAUGGAUAGGAGUUCUCUGCUUCAGCUCAUACAGGAGCAGCUUGAUCCGGAGAAUACUGGUUUCAUUGCUGUGGAGCACUUUUCCAAUCUGCUUCAGAGCCAUGAAUUGCAGCUGGAUCCAACCAAACUUGAGAUGCUGUUUGCUCUUGUACAGAGCAACGAGCAGGGCCAAAUCUGCUACCAAGAGUUUGUCAACCUGAUGAGCAGCAAGCGCUCAAGCAGCUUCCGAAGAGCAAUAUCCAAUGGACACCGGAACCUGCCACGUGAAUUCUUGCUCGACGAACCUGGCCUAACCUUCUACAAGCGUUUGGUGAGGCAUGUAGCAUAUGAGAUCCUGCCAUGUGAGGUGGACAGACGCUGGUACUACAGCCAGUAUCGAGGUUGCCCACCACCUCUCUUCAUGACAGUCCUCACCAUCAUUCAGAUUAUUAUAUUUAUCUGCUAUGGGGCCAUGCUGAACAAGUGGGUUCUGCAGACUUACCACCCAGACUACAUAAAGAGUCCGCUGGUCUACCAUCCGGGACAUCGAGCUCACGUCUGGCGAUUCUUCACCUACAUGUUCAUGCAUGCUGGGUUGGAGCAGCUGGGGUUCAAUGCUUUUUUGCAGUUGAUGAUUGGAGUGCCCCUUGAGAUGGUCCAUGGGAUUAUGCGCAUCGGACUGCUGUACCUGGCUGGUGUAUUAGCAGGUUCUUUGACUGUUUCCAUCACUGACAUGAGGGCACCUUUGGUUGGAGCCUCUGGUGGUGUUUAUGCCCUGUGCUCCGCACACUUGGCCAACGUUGUCAUGAACUGGUCAGGAAUGCGGUGUCCCUACAAGCUGCUCCGAAUGAUAUUGGCACUUGUGUGCAUGAGCUCCGAGGUGGGUCGUGCAGUGUGGCUGCGUUUCUCCCCUCCACUGCCCUCAUCUGGCCCUCAGCCCAGUUUUAUGGCACAUUUGGCUGGUGCAGUGGUGGGAAUCAGCAUGGGACUCAUCAUUGUGCGCAGCUACGAGGAGAAUCUCCACCAGCAGUGUGCCUGGUGGGUCAUGGUUUUCUCCUACGCUGUCUUUGUAAUCUUUGCAAUUUUCUGGAACAUUUUUGCAUACGACCUCCUGGGUGUGCAGAUCCCAACUCCGCCCUAGGCAGCCAUCGGUCUGCUUCGGAACGUGCCCCAACAGAGAGGUUCAGUUGGCUGUGGAACCUCUUUGCUAAUGAAGAAAUGUGAAAUGGACCUUUAAUGAGCAACUGUUACAACAGAUCUUAUGACCACUGAAUUUUUAUCAUCAUUGUGAUUGACAGGAUUUUUAUCUCAACUACUUGACAACGAGCAUAAAUCACACAAGAGUUAAUAUCACUUGCCAAUUAUGGGAUUUUGAGAGUAGAGAUGGGAGAUUGGUUACUUUAACUGGUGAAUGAGGAGUUGUGGAAAUCUAACACUGUGCUAGAGAAUCUUCAAGCCAAAUCACUGCAAAGUUCAAACUGGUGGAGCUGUUUAACUUGUCAUGAGGGGCACAAUUACGUUCUUAUAGUUGAUACAACCCCAAGAGCAUAUAUUCUUGAGAAUUAAAAUGAGCAAGCCAGAUUUAGGAACAGCGGGAGAAUACAGCCAGAGUGUUAGCAGCAUAAUUCUUUUACAGGUUACAAGUACCCAACACUACAGACUUCCUGGUGUCGAUCCAGUUAGGACAGUCUUUAUCUGGAACGAUGGUUUUAACAGAGAUAAUUUAGAAAGCCCAAAUUUAAACUCACACAGAAUUCAUUUUACUAGUUCUCAAUUUUCAAGAAACUCACUGUAUUUUAUGUACAUUUCAUCAAAUGGGAUGUGAAAGUAUAUUGAAAAAGUUUAAAUGAUAAAAUUUAUAUUGUGAAUAAUGACUUACACUAUCCUUUCUUUGACAUCAAGUCUAGUUGAACUGGUUAAGUCUAACAUGUUACAUUUCUUACGGAUGUUUUCAAACCAAAUGUCUCAAUAAAUAUUGACCUUGAUCACGAAUAUCUAUCUGUAUAUAUUUGAAAGAAGAACCAC